CUGUUUCUCUGCUUGCGCUAGUAGAUAUAGCCUCUAUUUUGCGGGUCCAGUGGAGCUCCAGUAGUAACCCCCUUAGUACAGCUCAAAAUUAGUAUUUAUGCCCCACCCCCCUAUACAUGUGUGCAUUUUAUAGAGCUUCUCCAGCCUUGCCAUCUCAAUGAGUAUAUGGUCGAGCUUUCACCUCCAUUAGUAAUACAUUUACAAUGGAAGAAAUGCACCGUGAAUAUCUGCAGUAACAUAAUGAGUAGCAUGAGUAGACACUAAACAGGUGAUACGCUCUUUACAGAUAUGCAGUUGCACACGACAGCUAAAAAUUACAUUUUCCUUGCAAAGCCAGGGGCGCAAAUGCGGGCAGGACUGCACACUCAAUCGCGUAGCUGGCAAAUCAUAUAAUCGCAGGGAACAGGGUUAUAUACGUUAUUCCACCCAUAGUGUUUGACCUCACAUCCUAAUGUAAUUUUUAAGCAACAAGCACAUGGUUCCUUUGUACAUUCGGUCAGGGUCCAAUGGUGUUCUUCUGAAGCCCGAAAGAACAGAAAAUGCGCUUCUUUAUGAGGUGAUAUGUCCAUGUUUUUAACUUAUCCAGUUAUAACUCACAUGGUCAAACAUUAGGUAAAGCAAGUCCAAAGGAAAGACCACAGAAUUUCCUGCACCACUGAUGUCUGACGUAAAGACCCAUGAUCUCAUAUGUAUACGCACAAAAGAUAAGUUUCUUUCAAAAAACAUCUAAGGUAACAUAUCAAAACCGACAAGGGGUUUAUUCCAAGUAAAAUUGUAGUGAUCAGCACAUUCAAACAACAAAACCAGCAGUCACACCGAAAAGAAAAGUAAAUGGCUAUUCUGUUUGCUGAGAAAGGUAGUCCAUGAUAGUCCAGAUGAUAGCAACCAACCCAACAUUUUCAAACUUCCUAGAAACAUCUCUCUUUGACUACUUCCAAGAUUCCCACUUUCCCAGUAGCUUCCUGUGGAAAAAGGAGCGCAAAUAAAAUGAUUGACUGGCUCUGCCUCAGUUCUGAUGUGCACUGUCCAAGGCAACUCAUCCACUUCUUUGCUUCCAUAUCCCAGUUCUAUAGUUCACUACAGCAAUGGAUCCCCUUCCCCUACACACAAUCAUCUGGCUUGUUUGUUGGUCAUUUUGGUUAUUCCCGUUCUGUGCAUCAUCCGGCAGCCGCCUUCUUCCCGACAAGCCGCUUUCUGUUGGAAGCACCAUCACCUCCGAUGACGGCACUUUUGCCCUGGGAUUCUUCUCCCUGUCCAGCUCCAGCACAAAACAUUACUACGUCGGCAUAUGGUACAAGAACAUACCCGAAGACAACUUUGUGUGGGUUGCCAACCGUGCUAUGCCCAUAACUGAUCCUUCUUCUGCAACACUCGCGUUCACAAGCGGAUCCAAUCUCGCCUUGUCAGACACCAAAGGUAUGAACCUCACGAUCACCCACAAGACGCAUGCACUAAAACGGCUCAUCUCUUGGAGAAGCCCCCAAGACCCGUCCCCAGGCAACUUCUCAUCUGGUGCAGACCCUGAUGAGUUUCGACAGCGUUUUAUAUGGAAUGGCUCAACCCCAUACCUGCGAGGUUCAAUAUGGAACAACAAUUUGGUAAUUGGACAGUAUGUCGAGAGUAUCAAGUCCACAAUUUACUAUAGACUGCUUACUAUUGAUGAUGAGGUCUACGCUUCCUUUGGACUGCCGCCACCAAGUGUCGCAUUAGUGCAAAUGAAGAUUGACUACUCAGGUAAGAUAAAAACACGAGUCUGGAAUAGCAACAUGUCCAAAUGGACUGACCUGUGGUCAGGACCUAACCACGAAUGCAACAAAUUUGGUUAUUGUGGUCCAUUUGGUUACUGCGACAACACGCAGCCUAUUGUGACAUGCAAGUGUCUUGAUGGCUUUGAGCCAAACAACAAACAAGACUGGACGGCCAGCAGGUUUUCACAGGGAUGUCACCGAAUGGAAGCAAUUACAUGUGGUCAAGGGGAUGGCUUCUUAAAUAUGUCAACCAUGAAGAUUCCCAGCCAGUUCUUGUAUGUCAAGAAUAGAAGCUUAGAUGAAUGCAUAGCAGAAUGCACCAGCAACUGCUCCUGCACGGCCUUUACUUACACCAAUAUGAGCAUUGAUGCUAUCAAUGGGGAUGAAACUAGGUGCCUAUUAUGGACCAGAGAUUUGAUCGACAUGGAGAAGCUCAUUGGACAAGGGGAAACCCUCUAUAUCCGGGUUAAUGGAUUGAGUGAUAAAAAGCGGAAGAGCAUUGUUUUAAAAAUUACACUGCCAGUCGUGUCAAGUUUGCUCAUAGUCAUAUGUGUGUGGCUUGUUUGGAUCUGCAACUUGGGAGGCAAACAAAAAAACAAGAAAAAUUUGAAGAAGGUGAUGUCAGGAACUUCGAGCACUUCUGUUGAACUUCACGAUGGAAACUUAAAGUAUCCUUUUAUAAGCUUCAAAGAAAUUGUACUUGCAACAAACAAUUUCUCUAACUCCAACAUGCUUGGACAUGGAGGUUUUGGCAAUGUUUACAAGGGGACAUUAGAAGAUGGUACAAAAAUUGCUGUGAAAAGGCUUAGUAAGGGUUCUGGCCAGGGGGUAAUGGAGUUCAGAAAUGAAGUAAUACUCAUUGCGAAGUUGCAGCACCAAAACUUGGUUAGACUUCUAGGUUUCUGCAUCCAUGGAGAUGAGAAACUAUUGAUAUAUGAAUAUUUACCUAACAAGAGUCUAGACGCCAUGCUUUUCGAUGCCACAAGAAAAUCAAUGCUUGAUUGGCCGAUGAGAUUCGAGAUAAUCAAAGGGGUAGCUAGAGGACUUCUUUAUCUUCAUCAAGAUUCAAGGCUGAAGAUAAUUCACAGGGAUCUCAAAGCAAGCAACAUAUUAUUAGAUGCCGAAAUGAGCCCUAAGAUAUCUGAUUUUGGUAUGGCAAGGAUAUUUGGUGGCAAUCAGCAGCAAGAAAAUACCAACCGUGUCGUUGGCACAUACGGUUACAUGUCCCCUGAAUAUGUUUUGAAAGGAGUGUUUUCUGUCAAGUCUGAUGUAUAUAGCUUUGGAGUUUUACUACUGGAGAUUGUGAGUGGCUCAAAGAUCAGCUCUGUGCACCUAAAAGCAGACUUCAGCAGCAUUAUAGCCUAUGCAUGGAGCUUAUGGAAGGAUGGGAACACACAGGAUUUUGUUGACUCGUCAAUUGUGGGGAGCUGCUCACUUAAUGAAACUUCACGGUGCAUCCAUAUCGGACUCUUAUGUGUUCAAGGCAGACCAAAUGCGCGGCCACUAGUGUCAUCAAUCGUGUCCUUCCUGGAAAAUGGAGAUAUAUCCCUUCCAACUCCAAAAGAGCCCAUGUAUUUUGCAGAAGAUAACUAUGGUACUGAUGGAGCAGCAGAAAAUACUGCGAAGUCUGCAAAUAACAUGAGCAUUACAGUACUGGAGGGACGCUAGCACCUAGCAGUCCAAUUUCUGCAUAUUUUUAGGCACUUUUUACAACUGUAUACCGGAUAAGAAACUGGUAUUUGUAUUGAAGAACAAGAAGCUUUGUUUUAAUAUAGAUAAUGUAUUUCAACUCCA